AACAGCUAAGAACCUCCUACUGGUGUAGAACAACAGCGGUGGAGCAGCGUUGUGUUGUCUGUCCUCAUGGUGUGUUUGCCUGGGUUAGUAAGUCACCAGUGUGACUGCUAGGUUUUAUCAGUAGAUAAAUCGUCUCUCAAAGCGCAGGUCAUUCGCCAUAAGGGUUUGGAAGAGACAAUGUUUCUGUGUCGAGGACGAAGGUCUGUUGUUCCUUCAUCAUUUAGUUUCUGUAACUUAGCUGGUUCAGUGCAGGUUGCAACAAACACACCACAGGACGCCAUCUGGUCAUUACAUAACUCCAGCAUUAUUUCCGGCUGUCAGGUCCGUGCCAAAGGAGCAAUGAUACAGGGCGAACCUGGGAACACUAACAUGUAUAAAUAUCCUGCUUGGGCGGCCUACGAAUCGGUUUCAAUGUUUGGCUUCAUUUUGCCUUUUUCAUGGAGGAUCAAAGAUGGUUUUACGAACGAACGACUACAUUCACCGAAAAGCUUUUAUUGUCUUGGUCCCCAAACGUGUAUCAUCCGCUCAAGUGCGUCAACAAACGCUCCAAAACAGCCUGAAGCCGAAUGUACGAAGGGGGGAGCAACCGCACAGGUUAACAAGGUAAUGCUUUCUAAGAGCCCACAUGGAGGAGCUGAAAAACCAGAGCCCGAGGAAAAGCAAAAUAAAACAAAACAGCUGAAGAAGGUUUUUCAGGAAUAUGGUGCUGUUGGUGUUUCAUUUCACAUUGGAAUAUCUUUAAUUUCUCUUGGAAUUUUCUACAUUGCUGUGUCUAGCGGGAUCAGCAUGACGGAUGUCCUUUGCAAGCUGGGCUUUAGUGAGUCUGUGAUUCAGUCAAAGAUGGCUGCAGGCACUAGCACAUUUGUGCUAGCUUAUGCUAUUCACAAACUCUUUGCUCCAUUUCGGAUCAGCAUCACCCUUGUGUCUGUACCACUCAUAGUGCGAUAUCUUCGGAAAACAGGUCUCUUUAAAUAAUUACCACCUCGUCUGUGAACAAGCAAUUUUGUUUAAUUUGCACUCUUAUAUGCUUUUAUGCAUUUGUCUGUGUAUUCAACCAAGAAUUUGAACCAUAAUAAUCUGAUGUAAGGUUAAAUAAAUUACAGUACAGACCAAAAGUUUGGACACACCUUCUCAUUCAAAGAGUUUUCUUUAUUUUCAUGACUAUGAAAAUUGUAGAUUCACACUGAAGGCAUCAAAACUAUGAAUUAACACAUGUGAAAUUAUAUACGUACAUAACAAAAAAGUUUGAAACAACUGAAAGUCAUAUUCUAGGUUCUUCAAAGUAGCCACCUUUUGCUUUGAUUACUGCUUUGCACACUCUUGGCAUUCUCUUGAUGAGCUUCAAGAGGUAGUCACCUGAAAUGGUCUUCCAACAGUCUUGAAGGAGUUCCCAGAGAUGCUUAGCACUUGUUGGCCCUUUUGCCUUCACUCUGCAGUCCAGCUCACCCCAAACCAUCUCGAUUGGGUUCAGGUCCGGUGACUGUGGAGGCCAGGUCAUCUGGCGCAGCACCCCAUCACUCUCUUUCAUGGUCAAAUAGCCCUUAAACAGCCUGGAGGUGUGUUUGGGGUCAUUGUUCUGUUGAAAAGGUGGUGUGUCCAAACUUUUGGUCUGUACUGUAUAUAAUCUAUAUAGUCUUUAAAUUUGUCUUGUGUGUAUAUAUACUUUUGUACAAUAAAUAAAAUACUUAUGUUUUGGGGUGAAA